AUGUUGUACAAAUUCUUCACCUUCGGCGCUUUGACUAUUGCAUUUAUCCCUCAUAUCAAUGCUCAGGGUGACUGCACUCGCAUCUACAAGGUUAGGGCGGGUGAUACGUGUAAUUCUAUCUCACAAGCGAAGAAGGUCUCUACGUUCCAGCUUGCCUUUAACAACCCAGAUGCGACCGCAGGCGAUUGUCUCAAUUUGCCACUUGGCGAAGUACUCUGUCUUGGCAUGGUAAAUCAAGACUGCAAGAUUAAUACAGUGGUAAAUUCUGGCGAUACGUGCUCAUCGAUUGCAGCUGCUAAAGGCAUUGACCUGGACGUCCUUGAGUAUAAUAACCCCGGAAUAUGCGAUAGUCUUGAAGGUGGCCAGGUCUUGUGCACAGAUCCUAACAGUAUUCCCUAUUCCACAGUGCUGAGCAGUAUUUGA